AUGGAUCCAACACCCCCAACCGCUCACCAACCUUCCCACAACUUUAACCAACACACCGGCUACCAACAACCCCCCUCCACCGUCACAGCGACCGGCCUUCCACCCGAUGUCGACCCGAUAGACCACCUCAAAUACGACCAACCCGACCCAGACAACGACGACAUUGACGACCUCUUCGACCCCUCCGAAGACGAACCCUCAGACACCGAACUCCAAGCCUCCAAUCCCUCCGACUACACCAAGGCCUACAACCGCCAGCGCCGCGUGAACGACCCUUCGAUACCAGAAAUUGAGAAGCGAGGACGGAAUCCACAGCUAAACACUCGAGCGGAGGUGGAUGAUCACAUCAAGACGCUCUCACGACAUGCAGCGAAGCUACGACUGAACGACCAGGAAGCAGGACUCGCCGGCGCAAAGGGAGGCCAUGGCGCAGAGAAAUCUGAUCGAGCAACGAGCGAGCAGGUGUUGGAUCCGAGGACGCGUAUGAUAUUGCUGCAGUUGCUGAACCAGGAUGUCGUGUCUGAGAUCAACGGAGUGGUAAGCACAGGGAAGGAGGCGAAUGUGUACCAUGCUCUUUCAAUACCUACGCCUGCGGAGGGUGAGCUGGCAGGUGAGGGUGCAGUGCAGCCGCUUCAUCGCGCGAUUAAGGUGUAUAAGACGAGCAUUCUGGUGUUCAAGGAUCGGGACAAGUAUGUGCAGGGAGAAUACCGCUUCCGGCAGGGCUACAACAAAAGCUCCAAUCGUGCUAUGGUGAAGUUGUGGGCGGAGAAGGAGUACCGUAAUCUACGACGAUUACGCGCAGCUGGCAUACCCUGCCCGGAAGCAAUAUACCUCAAAGCACACGUACUGGUGAUGUCCUUCCUCGGCGACCGCAAGGGCUGGCCAGCGCCGCGAUUACGGGAUUUUGAAUUCACCAACACAGCUGGAGACACCGACAAAGACGACGAAGUCCUCUCCAAAUGGCGAAGCCUCUACCUCGAGCUUCUCGGUUAUGUGCGGAAAAUGUACCAGACCUGCCGCCUCGUGCACGCCGAUCUGAGCGAGUACAACAUCCUCUACCACGCGCAGGAACAAAGGCUCUACAUCAUCGACGUCAGCCAGAGCGUUGAGCACGAUCAUCCGCGCUCGCUGGAGUUUCUUCGCAUGGAUGUCCGGAACGUUACGGACUUCUUCAGGCGGAGGGGAGUGGAUACGCUGUCUGAGCGUGCGGUGUUCGGGUUUGUGGUGGAAGGGAAGGGCAGCACUGAGGCGGAUGGGACGAAGGAGAGUUUGGAGAAGUUGUAUGAGCAGAGGGAGCAGGGCGAGGAAGAUGAGGUCGAUGAGGAGGUGUUCAGGCAGGAGUAUAUUCCGCAGAAUCUGCAGCAGGUGUAUGACAUUGAGCGGGAUGGCGAGAAAGUGGAGUCGGGACGAGAGGGGGAGCUGGUGUACAGUGAUCUGCUUGCCAGUGGUCAGACGAAGACUGCUGAGGAUGCUGAUGGAGACGUUGACGACGAUGGGAGCGACGAGGAGGCAUCCGAGGACGAGGACUCAGGCUUCGAGAGUGACGACGAGAAGCGGCCCAGAGGCAAGCGUUUUGAGGAUAAAGAGGCCAAGCGAGCUCACAAGGCGGCUGUCAAGGAGGAGAAGCGUGAGAAAAGGAGUCAGAAGAUGCCGAAGCAUGUCAAGAAGAAGCUGGUGGAUAAGAAAGCUCGCGGGAAGAAGUAG